AUUAGAAUCAAGGAUCAGGGGCAUUCAUCCGUGUUUAACAUUUAGACUCCCUGGUUCGAAUUGUUACGGAAGUUAUUACUACGAAAUAUUGCGAAAAAAACACAUACAACGCGAUAAAUGUUGAAUAAAGAGACGAUCCUUCCGAUCUUGAGAGUUUCCUGCAACGACGAUCCCUCAACCUCAUAAACGAUAAAGGCCGGGAAAAAAGGGGACACAUUAAAAGAAAUUGCGUGUACUCAAGUACACUGAAACAUAAAUUCGCCGACGACGCUUCAUCGAGAAAAAAACAACAAAAUAAUACUUGUAGGUAUUAAUUAGAUGUGUUCUCCAGCUCAACAUCGACUUCUCCCCCAUCGAUUCCCGCCAGAAUCUCAAUGGCCGGGAGGCUCACCCAGAAGAUACUAGGCCACAUCGGUCACCUGGGGCCCCUGUUAACCGGCGAUCCCAUGGCGCAACAGGCCGCCGUCGUCGUGUCUCCCGCCCGCUGGCAGGUCGACAUCAACGAGACUUCUCUACACCCCAUUCCCGGCACUUACCCGCGCAUGACACGGCUGGCCGAUAGCAGUCUCCUCUGCGUCACUACGGGAUUCCAGGGCCCUGGUGGCCGCGAACACGUGCUGCAGGUCUCGCGCAGCGUCGACGGCGGAAACACCUUCGUCCCGCACGGCGAAAUCGCCCGCGGCCCCGCCGACAUCGAUAACGCAUUCUUGAUCGAGGUGCCCCCCACUCCAUCCCACCCAAACCCGAAAAACAGCUCCGUGGUUCUCGCCGCCUUCCGCAACCACGACCGCGACCCGGCGCAGGGUAAUCGGCCGACGUACUUCCGCAUCACGGUCUGCCGCAGCGAGGACGGCGGGCGGUCUUGGAAAUUCUCCUCUCAAGCUGCCGAGCAUAGCGCGAACUCGAGCAAUGGGUUGGGGUUGUGGGAGCCGUAUAUGCGGCUAGGAGGUCUGGACGGGAGAGAGGUGCAGAUGACGUACUCGCGCGAGCUCGCGUCUAAUAACCAGGAGACGUUCCGCGUGGACUCGCACGAUGGCGGGAGAACUUGGUCGAAGCCGCGAUGUCUGCGGUGUCAUUCCCCGCACAUCAACCUCCGCGACGGCAUGCAGAGCAUUGUCAGCGUGAGGGAUGUAUCCGGCCUGACGGCCGAGGGCCAGCAGUUCUUCGGCGAGGCGCAGGUCGUCGUGUUCGAGACGACGAGGCGCGGGACUUUUUACAGCGUCGAGUACGCCGUUUCGUAUGACCAGGGCCUCACCUGGGGGUCGCGCGGCGUCGUGUACCAGCCCCGCCCCGGACGCAAUGCCGGCGCGCCGCAGAUCGAGAGGUAUGGGAAGACGGGGCUGGCAGUUGUGUUUAUGACGGACGAGGAGACGCAGACGGAGCCGACGUGGCCGGGGAAGGCGGCGAUUAAGGUCGUGUUUGCGACCGGGUUGAAUAGGGGGAGGAUAUUUUGGAGCCAGCCGACGUUGGUUCAUGCUGCGCCGUCGUUCUGGCCGGGGCUGUUCCGAAUGGGGGAGAAUGAGCUCAUGGCUGUGUUUGAGACUGGUGGGAGGUCGAUUGGGAAACGUCUGCUUUAUGGGUAACUAGUAGCUAGCUAGAUAGAUAGAAUUGGUUCAGCAUAAGGCGCUUGUCUUGUUAUUAGAGAUCAGAAUGGAAUCAUCAAUGCAAGAUCCAUCCCAGCAGUGGGGUGGGCUUUUUUACAUGAUAGCAAAAUGCAGGCAAUUGACAUCCUUUGA